UUACGGUUGAUGGAUUGAACUAGAUGGGGCUGGAUGAUCACGCUAAUUAUCAAGAUCUUUAGUUUUGGAGGUAGAAAAAUGAUUAGGAGAGUAUGGCGGCUGCUUUUGAGAAGUUCUGUGAUAAUUCGCCAAUUUGGAAUGAUAGUUUGAUAUUGAACAAUUCGUGGCCACAGUUUACUGAUUGCUUCCAAGAGACAGUGUUGAUAUGGGUGCCAUGUGGAUGGUUGUGGGUGACUUUACCAUUUUAUAUUGGCUAUGUACUGUCAAGUCAAGAUGGCAUUCCUAUACCUGUCAACUCCUUCAACCUGGCUAAAACAUUUUUCAGUAUGUUUCUGUUCUUUCUGGCUGUCAUUGAUAUUAUAAAAGAUGCUAGUGAUGUAAACCCUAAACGAGAUGGAUCAGUUGAUUACGUAUCAGGUGGAAUUUUAGCAGCUUCUUUUUUAGUGACAACUAUAUUGGUUCAGUUUGAAAGAAGUCGAGGUUUUAUUACAUCAGCUAUAUUAUAUAUCUUCUGGUUAUUGUUAUUUAUUGCUGGUAUUAUUCCAUUUUAUACAAAAAUAAUUAAUAAAGAAUAUGAGAAUGAUUUAUUCCGAUUUGUUUUGUAUUAUAUUUAUUUUGCUUUCGUGUUUGUGGAACUUAUUCUACAUACGUUUGCGGAAUCACGAAGUAGGAGAGGUUACCAUGAACCAGGUGAAAGGCAAUCUUCACCAGAGACAAAAGCUUCAUUUCCUAGUCAAGUCACCUUCUCCUGGAUAAACUAUUUGAUAUUGUUAGGAUAUAGAAAAUCUAUAGAAGAAGAAGAUCUAUUUGAGCUGAAUCCUAGAGAUGAUAGUGAAAAAGUUGUACCAGAAUUUGAAGAAGCUUGGAACAAAGCUUUACAAAAAACAAAACAACAGAAUGAGGAAAUUGAAAGAAAGUACAAUCUCAAAAAACAUUAUACUGGUGUUUUUUCAAACAAAGCUGAAGAACAUCAUCUUAGGAACGAAGCCAAGUCAUCGAAUGUUUCUGAGAAAACCCCUUUAUUAACGGAAGGCAGUACUUCAGUUGAACAAGGCGUGUCUUUUAAAGGAACAAAAGAUGAUGCACCAAAGAAAAAAGAAGCAUCGUUGUUGAAAGUUUUAUUUAAAACUUAUGGUUUUACACUACUCUGGUCAUUUGUUUUGAAAGCUAUAUACGAUUUGUUACAAUUUGUUAGUCCCAUUUUACAAAGUGCAUUAAUAGAUUUUACACAGAAUCGUGAUACUAAACCAGAUUGGCAGGGAUAUGUAUAUGCUGGAGGUUUUUUCGUCAUCGCAACCAUCAUGUCAUGCUUCUACCAUUAUUCAUUCCAUAUCAGUAUGACCCUUGGGAUGAGAAUCAAAUCAGCACUUAUAGCAGCCAUUUAUAAAAAGGCUCUAACUAUCAGUAGUGAGGCGAAGAAACAGACAACCGUGGGAGAGAUAGUCAACUUAAUGUCCGUUGAUUGUCAAAGAGUUCAAGAUGUCACCGGUUAUCUCUAUAUGUUAUGGUCUUCACCUCUUAUCAUAUCUGUCGCACUCUACAUGUUAUAUCAGUCUCUUGGAGCAUCCAUCUUUGCUGGCCUGGGCGUUAUGAUAUUACUGAUGCCACUGAAUGCGUUUAUCGCAACUAAACUGAGGAAAUAUCAGAUGGCUCAGAUGAAGUUGAAGGAUCAGAGGAUAAAAUUGAUGAAUGAAGUCUUGAAUGGUAUCAAGGUAUUAAAACUGUAUGCAUGGGAGUUGUCAUUUCAAGAGAAGAUAUUGGCUAUACGAGACCAGGAGUUAACCAUAUUACGUAAAUCAGCAUAUCUCAAUGCUGUAGGAACAUUUGCUUGGACUUGUGCUCCUUAUCUGGUAACCUUAGCAACAUUUGCAACAUAUGUUUUAUCAUCAGAUGAUCAUUAUUUAGAUGCCCAGAAAGCCUUUGUCUCAUUGUCUCUAUUUAAUAUUCUACGUAUGCCAAUUAAUCUCUUACCUAUGAUAAUACCAUACUGUAUACAGGGUUGGGUCUCUAUAGGAAGACUCUCCAAGUUUUUACGAAGCACUGAUUUAGAUCUGGAAACAGUUAGCCAUAUUGAUAGUGUAGAAGCUGUCGUAAAGAUAGAUAAUGGAACAUUUAGAUGGGAUAAAACACUACCAAAACCUACACUUAGAAAUAUAAAUAUAGAUAUUACUGAAGGUAAAUUAGUGGCUAUAGUUGGACAAGUUGGAUCAGGUAAAUCAUCACUGAUAUCAUCUUUACUGGGUGAACUAGAAAAAGUCAGUGGUAACGUCAAUAUUAAGGGAUCUAUAGCCUAUGUGCCACAAGAAGCCUGGAUACAGAAUGCUACUGUUAAAGAUAAUAUAUUAUUUGGUAGUCGAUGUAAACACAAGACCUAUGAUCGUGUUCUAGAAGCAUGUGCCUUAAAACCAGAUCUAGAUAUCCUACCUGGUGGUGAUUUAACAGAAAUAGGAGAAAAGGGAAUCAAUCUGAGUGGAGGACAGAAACAGAGAGUUAGUUUAGCUCGAGCUGUUUAUAGUAACGCUGAUAUUUAUCUUCUCGAUGAUCCACUCAGUGCCGUCGACUCACACGUAGGAAAACAUAUCUUUGAAAAGGUCAUAGGUCAUGAAGGAACACUGAAGAAAAAGACUCGUUUGUUGGUUACUCAUGGUGUUCACUGGUUACCUAAAACAGAUCUAAUUAUUGUCAUGAACGAAGGGGAAAUUUCAGAAGUUGGAUCAUAUAAUGAACUUGUCUGUCAUGAUGGAAAAUUUGCCCAGUUUUUAAAGCAUUAUUUAACAGAAGGAGCUGGAUCUGAAGAUGAUGAUGAUCCAGAGAUACAAGCUGUUAAAAGUCAGAUAUUGGAGAGAUUGGAAUCUGUAACUGGUACAUCUGAUUUUGCUACAUCUGGUGAUGAUGAAAGAACAUCCGGUAAAGAUUCUACAGUUCGUAAAAGAAAGCCAUCAACUGAUUGUGUAGAGAAAAAGAAAAUUCCUGCAGAGGUCAACAAACUUAUUGAUGCUGAAAAAGCGGAAGUUGGAACGGUAAAACUGGCUGUGUUUAUAGAAUAUGCUAAAGCUAUUGGUGGUAUUACAACAUUGUUGAUAUUUUUAAUUUAUCUGGGAUAUCAGGUAGCUAGUGUGUAUUCUAGUAUCUGGUUGAGUCAAUGGACAGAUGAUCCGUAUCUGUUAAAUCGUACAUUAAGUAAGACCACAAAAUAUCAAGACAAGAACGAUAUGUAUCUUGGAGUUUAUGGAGGACUGGGUGUAGCUCAAGCGGUUAUUAUACUAAUCUUUGCCUUGUUAUGUUCAACGAGAAUGGUAGCAGCAGCCAGAACUCUCCACGCUAAAAUGUUAUUUAAUAUUUUACGAUCACCAAUGUCUUUCUUUGAUACGACACCUAGUGGUAGGAUAGUGAACCGUUUUUCACGAGAUAUAGAAGUUAUAGAUAAUAAUCUACCCAGUACGUUUCGUGUUUGGAUGAGUUGUUUUUUUGGUGUUUUAAGUACGUUUGUUGUGAUAGCGUACAGUAAUCCAAUAUUUCUGGUAGUUGUACUGCCAUUGGGAUUACUCUACUGGCUAGUUCAGAGAUUUUAUAUUCGAACAUCAAGACAGUUAAAGCGAAUUGAAUCUACAACACGAUCACCUAUCUAUACCCACUUCAGUGAAACAAUAACAGGAGCUUCUUCAAUUCGAGCCUAUGGUGCUUCUGAGAGAUUUAUAGAGGAAUCACAAUCACGUGUGGAUAGAAAUCUGGUUAUAUAUUUCUCAGCCAAUUGUGCAAAUAGAUGGCUAGGAUUUCGUCUGGAGUUUCUAGGUAAUAUUAUUGUAUUAGCCGCAGCUAUAUUUGCUGUAUUAGCUACAGAUUUAGAAGGUGGUUUGGUUGGUCUAUCUAUAACAUAUGCUUUACAGAUAACGAUGACAUUAAACUGGAUGGUGAGAAUGACAAGUGAUUUAGAAACUAACAUCGUAUCAGUAGAAAGAGUAAAAGAAUAUUCAGAAACACCAACAGAAGCUGCAUGGAAUAUACCAUUUCGUAAACCACCAAGAGGCUGGCCAGAUAGUGGUAAUAUUAUAUUUGAGAAUUUAACAACUAGAUACAGACCCGGUUUGGAUCUCGUGUUAAAGGGCAUCAACUGUGAAGUUAAAUCUGGUGAAAAGAUUGGUAUUGUUGGUAGAACAGGAGCUGGUAAAACAUCUUUAUCUAUUGUAUUAUUCCGAUUAAUAGAAGCUGUGUCCGGUAAAAUUAUUAUAGACGGACAACAUGUCGCUGAUAUCGGACUUCAUGAUCUCAGAUCUAGUAUUACUGUAUUACCUCAGGAUCCAGUUCUAUUUUCUGGUAGUAUGAAGAUGAAUCUUGAUCCGUUUAAUGUUUAUAAAGAGAGUGAUCUAUGGGAGGCGUUAGAACAUGCUAAUUUAAGUAAAUUUGUCUCAGAAGUCCCAGGUAAAUUAGAGUAUGAAGUUGGAGAAGGAGGGCAAAAUCUCAGUGUUGGUCAGCGCCAGUUGGUGUGCUUAGCCAGAACUCUUUUACGUAAAACUAAGAUAUUAGUUUUAGAUGAAGCUACAGCAGCUGUUGAUAUGGAAACCGAUGACCUCAUUCAACAGACAAUAAGAACAGAAUUUAAAGAUUGUACAGUAUUAACGAUAGCUCAUAGAUUAAAUACUAUCAUGGAUUAUGACAGAGUCAUGGUACUGGAUAAUGGUUUAAUAAAAGAAUUUGAUCAACCAGACAAGUUAAUAAAUGAUAAAGAAACAACCUUUUAUAGUAUGGCAAAAGAUGCUGGUCUAACCUAGUCUACCAAGUGUCUAUUUUGAGACCAGGUCUUUCUAAUUGUACCAUUGCCAAAUAUACUGUGGCCUUAAUGGCAGGUCUACUUUACAAAUGACAGAUCUCAAAUUUAACAAGUCAUUUUUUGAUGUAUGGAAAUAAAAAUUAAAAUACUGUUUAGAUCUAUAUUUUGUUACAUCUCACAAUGUCACAAGUAAACUGCACUAUUGUAUUUAUACAAUUUCUGAAUAUUGAAAUUGGAUGGAUAAUAUUUUGGGGG